UUGGCAGUUUGUCGUUAAACAAAACAACUUGACUGACGUUUACCCCGUUUACCGCAGCACACCGUUCAGAGGCUUCGCAGGUUUCCAAAAACGGUGAAAAGUUUUUGUUUUUCCUUAAAUAUUUCAUAAAACACCUACUUGAAUGGCGACAGAUGCAACAACGAUGGAUAUCUGCCGUUUGUGUGCUGCAACGGUUACAGAAAGCACAUCAAUAUUCUCUGAACGGAACGGAAGCAUCCUUGCCGAAAUGGUAUUCUUCGUUUCGGCUGUUAAGAUAAACAGAACGGACCCUGUUACCAGUCUGGUUUGUGCAGAUUGUGUGGAGCUAACACUGGAUGCAUUCCAAUUCGUAACACGUAUUCGUGAGGUAGACCAACAUCUGCGCCAAUUUCUUUCGGAACCGGAUGUGAGUAGAGACGCAGACUGUUCUAAGCCAGUUUCAAAAUUACUCAGUUCUGAUCACGACAUAGCCCAUAAGAGAGUUGGUGAGGAAUGUGAUACUGAUAUUCAAGAAGAUGCUCAAAAUCAGUUUGAGUUGGUAGAAAUUGUUGAUGAUUGCUUAGAAGAUGAGCCUGAAGUUGAAUCCAAGAAGCUAAUAAGUCUGCUGAUAGAAUCGGUUAAUGAUACGGGAUCUCAGAAGUGGUCCAAAAUUAUGACCAAUUACGCAGAUAUUAUCAAGGAACAUAUGAAUCUACCGGGAAAUGAUCUUGGUUUGCACGAUGAAGCUGGUAGUUCUGAGGAGGAGGAGAGUUCUGAUUUUGAACCGAAGCAUAUUGAUUACAAUCCUAGAUUGAAGGGAGAGGAGCAGUCGAUUCGAUGCUGUAGACGAGGUUGUAGACUUGUGUUUAAAACACGCGAUGAACUUCUAGAGCACGGUUCUUCCGCUCAUGUCGAUAACCGUUCUUUGUCUAACACAAAACACUCAUAUGAAUGUGUGAUAUGUUUUCAAAGAUUCGAAUCCCGUCGAAAUCUUCUUUGUCAUUUGAGGCGAUUGGUACGCGACUAUCGAUGCAAUUUCUGCAACAUUUAUUUUAAUGCUCCCCAAGAAAGGACAUCCCAUAUGAGAUCGAAUCAUCCGAUCCUACCGAAACCAAGCUAUCGGCUUGAGGAUCAGCCUGUGAAAAUAUGCUGUGGGUGUGAAGAAAUGUUCGAUAAUGUUGCAGGCCUUAUUCAGCACGGAUUGGAGUAUCAUUCAAAGCAACCCACAUACCCUGGAAGUGAGCAGGGAAUCCAAUGUGGCAUAUGUUACAAGUUUUUCAAAACGAAAGCCAGUCUUCGCAACCAUCAGAUUAUGGUGUACAAACCGAAAAACUUCGCCUGUCACACAUGCGGAAAGGCUUUCGAGUGCUUGUCGAAAUUGACCAAUCACGAGACGACUCACACCACUGAGCGAAAGUUCGCAUGUUCGAUUUGCGAGGGUACGUUCAAAACGGCCACCGACUUGCGUGGUCAUCAACGAAUCCAUCAGGAGAAAAAUCUGGCUUGCAACGUUUGUGGGGCUAAGUUUCGCAAAAAGUCGCAGCUGACAUCGCACCGCAAAACACACGACGAUAACGCGUAUGAGUUUGCCUGCAGCCUAUGUCCGAGAAAGUUCAAGGAAAAGUCCAACUGGAAGACCCACCUGAAGGUUCACACCCAAGAGAAGCCGUACAAAUGUGAAUAUUGCCCGAAGGCGUUCCGAUACGUAACGGAUAGGAAGCGACAUGAAAUGAGUCACACGGGGAACUAUCCUUACCAUUGCGUUGACUGUGGGAAAGCAUUCACCCGCGGUAAUCUGUUGCAGGCGCAUAUGCUUGUUUGCGGAAAUAAGGAGGGAAAAUAGAUUUGAGAUUAGACGAUGAAGCGCAUUACCAGUCGAAUGUUAUUUGUUCCGAGCAAAUCGCAUGAGGGCGAGUGCCUAAAAGUGUGUCUUCACACACAAUGCAGACAUCACCUCAAUUCAUCAAGUUAAGUUGAUUGAUAUAUAAUAA